AUUGUCGUAAAAACUGACAACAACAUUUGACACUUUAAACAAAACACAAAAUGUGCGAUUUAUUUUGCGCAUAUUUUAUUUCCAUUUCAGAGAUCGCUCUUACUAAGAACAAUUUUUUUCCAAAAUGAAAAUCAUCACCAUAUUUUCUAGAAAUAAAUUGUUUAAAUGUUUAAUCAUUUUACUGUGCAUUUUAUAUUUUUUGAUGUUUGGUUACUUGUGUUUAUUCGUAUUCCGUGAAGUGACUAUUGAAACUAGGACCGAAAAUCCACAUCAUUCCACUGAAAUAAGCAAUUUAACACAAUUUCUCGAGCAAUGUUUUGGAACUAGAGUUCUGAGCUAUACACUGAAACCAUUGACUAAACUUGGAGACAGUUUUGGUGGUGUUUUGCAUUUCGUUGACAUAAAAUUAGCUGCACAAAAUGAUUCGGAUCAAAAUGUGGACUUACAAUUGGUCGUUAAGACGCCAAUUACUCGGCAAAUUUCGGUGAAAAAUCCAAUAGUGUCACUCAUAAGAGAAAUACAUUUCUAUUCAUACAUAAUCCCAGCCGUGGAACAGUUUGAACGAAUGUCAAACAUAUCGCAAGCAGACAGAUUGAAUGCGUUUUUUCGCUACUAUGGAUCGAGAACUUCGUUGAAGUCGGAUACCGAUCAUGAGGACUUCAAUGCGCUGUUACUGCUUGAAAAUGUGAAGCUUCAGAAUUAUGUCAACGGGAAUAAAUACGUCGGUUUUGAGAAGGAAGAGACAUUUGCCGUGCUAAAAGUAAUGGCAAAGUUCCAUGCAUUGUGCAUCGCAAUGAGACUACAACAGCCCGAAUUGUUCAAUACAGCAGUGAGACCCUAUCUGCCACUUUUGAAUGCAACACCACAUGACCAACGGUUAAAAAUUCUAUGUGAUGAGCUUCGUCACGUUGACAAUAUGUCUCCGAAGAUGUUCAGAAGAGUUGUAAACACUCUAAAAAUUGGCGUGAAAUUCAUCAAAAGUCGAAAUUGUGGCACCGACACUCCAUACAAAACAAUUGGGAAUAAAGAUUUCUGGAUCAACAAUAUCAUGCUGAAAAAAGAUGUCAACCCGAUCAAAGUGAAAAUUUACGACUUUCAACUCAGCAGCUACGAUUCGUUUGCCCUGGAUUUGGUGUUCUUCUUGUUCACAAGCAUUCAGAAUGAUGUUUUGAAAACGAAUUUCAAGUCUUUCAUCGCUUAUUAUCACACGGAGUUCAUCCACACUAUGAACACAGUCGACCUACCGUUGCAUGAUUACACUUAUGAAAAAAUGUGGCAAGAAAUCCGCGUGAAAGGCAAAUAUCGAUUUUAUAGUAUGCUGCAGCGGGCAAAAAUAUCAAAAGCCGACCCAACACCGAUCAAUACGACUGAGCAUAUGGCCAUUUAUAUGAAACCAGCACGGAAAGCCAUUCUCGAUCAAUGGAAGUUCAUCAUUGACAUGUUUUUUGAAAAUGGUUUGAUUUGAAGGUUUUUUUUAAAUGAAUUUCUCAUGGAAAUGACACAUAUAGGUGUGUCUUUAGGAUAAGUUGGUUCAAUAAUAAUUAAGUUUUAAUUCCAACAUGUAAUGAACUCAACUAGUCUUAGUUUUUUAAAAUUAAAUUUGUAUCCAUACAGAAAAUAGAAAAACAAAAAAUGAACGAAUCGAAAUAUUAUAUUUGUCAGUUCUUGUCGAACAACGCAGACAUGCAAAUUCAAAGUGCAUCGUUCUCCAGAUAUGUUCAUCUGGAACAAACGUUGCAUUCUGAAUAAAUUUUUCACAUAUAUUGUUUUAGUAAAUACGUAUUCAAAUAAAUAUCGUGUAAUCGUUCCGCAAUCGAAUUGGCGAUAAAAAACGAAAAAAAAGUUCAACAAAACCAUGGUUUUAUUGAA